UUCUCGUUUCAGCUGACAUUUUGCUUAAUAUACCUUCCUUAUAAGCACGCUUUUUUAGUUGCUGUUGUUAUCAUCUAUAUCGCGACGAAAUUAAAUCAAUCAAUCCGCUUUUUCCUCUUAAAAAAUGAAACUUUAUAUAUAAUUUUUCGCACACAGACAAUAACUAAGCAAAGCAAAGCAAAGCACAAAAUUAUAUUACUGUCAAAAAACAAUAGAUAGACAAAAGUAAAUGUUUGAAGGGAUUACGCGAGGUUACCUUCCGCCAACCUAUUUUUCAUCACAACAAGUUUUCAAACGCAAACCGCCACGACUUGAGCUCUGUCCAUACCCAAACAAGAUCGAAGUAGACGCACAACGCUCCUACGCCAUUCUCAGCAGCAGCAGCAGCAGCAAAUUAACAGGCACCAAUAAGCUACAAUACAUUUUCGCAUGGAUGAGUACACACCCGUAUAUAGUGAUAAACAACAAGCAGUCGGUCAGAGGUGACUGGACAGGAAACGUAGCCGUGGAAGCAUACGAGUCCAUAAUGGAAGGAGGAGGAGGAAGAGAGAGGUCCUAUGUUAUGAUUACGUUUAGAGCGGCUACACUGGUCGAUGAGCGAACAAACUAUUUGAUGCGGUCAAAGGGAGAAGACAGAAGGGGAAGAUGUCCGGGUCCGGUUACUGCGUUGUUGUGUCGGUCGGGGGUGGAUAUUCAGAGCGUGUGGCAGUGGCUCAGCCUGCAUCGCGGCCACCUGGCCUACGUUAUUAAUGAGCCUGGGGCCAGUGGGUUAUUGGGAGUCCCAAGCAGUAGUGGGGCGAGGAGAGGGGGAUCCGUAGGGCACCACAAUGUUGGUGGUCGGCAAAUGAGUAGGCGUGGCAGACAGCAGUCGAUGGAGUCGCUAGAUUCAAUACUGCCUGUGUACGAGCCGCCGCCGCCAUCCGUCCACAGCUCAAUCCCCGAAGACAUUCGCGCUGAAAUCGACGCAAUGCAAACAAGUGACAAUCAGCACCAAGAUCAGCAAUCAAUGGGGGAAAGGAGGAGAGUAUCCAUAGUCUCGACGACAGACGAGAGCAUGUCAUCAGAUGAGGGUGGUGGACUGCAAGUCCUACCAUUGACGUUGUCUCUGGCGCUGGAUUUUCCCACAGUGCUGCCACCAGUGUACAGGGACAUUGCAGCAGACACGGAGUAUGGCCGCUCGUACGCUACGCGGUUGGCAGCAGCGGCAGGCAACACAAUAUUCGGCUCGGCAUCUGGUUAUGUCCUGCAGAACGCAGCAACGAUACUGGCAAGAAGCGUUGCCGCAGAUCUGGGGGCCCAGCAGACAGACCAGCAGGCAGACUACACCGGUAGCGCAGGUGUUGGGCCAAUACCCUCAGUGACAUCCUUACCGACAGAGUCAGCGGCAGAGGUAGAGUCGGAUAUUUUGCGAGAUAUUGUGCAGUUGACACGCACAUUCACGCAGUCGAUGCCUAUGCUGAAUAUACUCCUGAGCGACGACGAUGCCAUUGCAGCCAUCGAAGAAAGUCGGCGCAGGGCAAUGGCCACAGCAGCAAUAAGCAACAACCAGGGAGCACUGCGCAUUGCCGAGCAAGCUGUGGUUGAUGCAGCCAUGGUGGAGAUGCUGGUUGGUGACCAUGCCCGGGUGCCGCAUAUAUCGAUCGAAACUGUUGUUGACAGCGGGUCAGCGGCAGUGCCAAGUAAUGGCAGCGGUAGCGGCGCUGUCGUGUCAUUUGAGGCUGGAAACUGGGACACCGGAGACGCACAAAGCGCAGAUAGUGCGAGAAGCGCCAGAGACAGUAUCGGCGGCGGCAUGCUGCAUGCAGUCAACGGGCGUGUGCGCAGGUCGCAGCUGUCGGCACGGACAAACCCCGAGUACGCCAGCAGCAGGGACAAGAAGAGCAGCUGGCUGGCGAGGCUGCUGCACAUGUAAUGUGUGUGCAAACAUGGUCAAUAUACAAUAGACAAUAGACAAUAGACAAUGUAGGUGU